GAUCGAUAUGGAGUAAACCAGCGCUGGGAAUGGAAACACAGCGAUGAAGGGAGAUUGUCAUGGCAACUGCAGAAGCAUUGCUGGCUGUAGAGAAAGCACUCACCUGUUGCUACAUAAGGCAGAUUCAGAGUUGUCAACACAGAGUGGGGGCUAUGAUGUGGAGCUGUUUGUGGACCCUCCAGAUUAUGAUGUGAUCUGCACCAUUUGCCAAGGAGUCCUCAAAUGUCCAGUGAGAGCUGCAUGUCACCACAUUUUCUGCAAAAAAUGCAUCUUACAGUGGCUAAAAAGACAGGAGACAUGUCCCUGCUGCAGGAAGCCAGUGAACCCGAGCUUGAUCUUUGUCAUGUUCAAGCUAAGCAAAUCCAUUGGACGCAUGAAAAUCAAGUGCAAAAAUGAAAUCCGUGGAUGUUCAGAUACCUUCCCCCUCUCAGAGCAGUACUGUCACAGUAUGAGCUGUCUGUACGAGCUCAUCCCCUGUCCGUACCAGGGCUGCAGGGUGCAGCUUCUCCGUAGGGACCUGGAGACUCACGCACGUCACUGUGAGCACUGGCGCCAGCCCUGCCACAUGGGGUGUGGAACACUACUGUCCCAUCGCACCCAAGCUCAGCACAACUGCUACAAGCAGCUAAGACAGGAGUAUGAGAUUAGGCAGAGGAACCACAGGGCUAUUGCCAUUGCUCUACAGAGGAAGAUGAGGAGGAUGCAAAGCACCAUGGCCCACAUGAAAAGGCAGAUAGGACUAAUCUGUGAGAGUUUGGAGGUGAUGGACGACCUGCAUGAGGUGGCAGAAGAGGACCUUGGGGAGACCAGUGGCAGCUCCACUGGGACUCCAAAUCGCAACAGCAACUGUUGAGGGAGGAUGUUGCUUUUCCUAGUUGGCAACAUUGUGUGUUUCUGCAUGUGUUAAUUUUCUGGAAGUGUGUGUAUUUGAAUAUGUAAAUAGGUAUGUGAUUAAAAUGAGUGUUCUUGUUUGAUUUUAUUAUUAUUUUGAGGCGGGUGCCAGUUUUGUGCUGUAGU